GGUAAGCAUUUUUCAUGUAUAGUUGUGUCCAAAUUGAACCACAAGCUGACAUAUUUUUUGUUUGUUUUGAAUGCAGCACUAUUUCUCAUUAUCAUCUUUGGUCUUCAAGUGGUACUGUCAAAUGUUUUCAGGUGUCCAACUCCAGAGUAGACAAACAGCACCAGACUUACAUAUUUCCCAUAUUCCCCCUUCUGAGAACGGGUUUGAACCUGAUGCUUGGCCUUUGCAUUUUAAAGUUCCAUGCAUCCGUGCUCAUUUUGAAAACAAUUGUCUAGUCAACACUUUUACACGGUUCAAAAUUCUCUUUAUAAUAAUUUAACUUCUGACACGUUAAUUAAGUGUAUGAUUCUUUCCAGGGUUAUAUGACAAUAUUAGAGAAUCGUCAAUGUAGUAUCCGACCUUUGGUCCUCACUGUGAACCUAAAUUACUGCACAUACAUUAUGCUUCCAGUUCGCACAGAUAUGCUUACAAUCCAGGCAAGUGGCUGGAACAAGCGAAAGGCAGAAAACCUUGACCGGACACUGGCCAAAAGAUACAUCAAGACUGUACAAAAGAUUACAGAGGCUACGAAGGACCUGGAGAAACUUACCGCUGAGUUAUCUCUACAGCAAGACACAGUCCAGGAGUGGGUGUCUGAUGUUCAGCAGUGGACCUCAGGAGCAACAAUCCAAAAUGACCUGCAGAGGACCAUCGAGGGGCUAUAUUUGGGCAUCAAACAGCGAAAAUUUCAGCUGUAUCGUCAGUCUGGUGGGAAUAAGCGAAGGCAUCAGCUGAGAACAAAGAUUGCUGCUGAGAAGAAAGCCUUGGAAGCUGCCAUCAAUGACCACAAUGCCACUGUGGGGGAAGCUGAAAAACUCCCUCCUCCCAAUGAACUCCUGGCUGUGGACAACUACUCCUGGCCAUGGGAAUGUCAUGGUGAUAUGGUGCGGAAAAAAAUGAUUUUCGACAAGGUCAUGCUGCUGGCUAGACUGAAAGAAGAAGAAGUCAUUGUGGUUCGCGAAGUCAAACAGCACAUGGAGUACAUGAAGAGGGUUUCUGGACUGAUCGACGAGCUUACCUCUCAGCUCACUGAAGACACCAACAGGAAAUGCAGUACAGAGGGAUUAAUGGAGAAAGGACGUGAGGGACUACUAUGUGUGCUGAAGAGACGAUUGUGUGAAGUUCAAGCACAACUGGCCACAGCAUGCAGCACAUACAAAAGUAUUCUUGGACUGCAAACAUUGUCCUUAGAUGACUUCUCUGAAGAGGAAGACUUUGAAAAUACUUCCUCAACUGAUGAGGAACUGGGAGAAUAGUUAUUAGUUUGUGUUUAGAGCAUGUACUGCAAAGUCCUCUGAAACUGUAAAAACCCAUUGUGUUAGCCCAUUAGCCCCUACCCUCUGCCACAACCCAACAUUUACAUUUUUGAUCAAAAUGUAUUGCACAUUACAUUAUUUUCACUGUAGUUGUGUAUAGUUUGUAUAUACCUACUUGGCUUACGGUUUUUACCUGCCAUUGUUUAUGUAAUAAUU